AUCACCGCAGAAACACUCCAAAGUCGACCUGAGCGGGGUUGCAUUGUUUGUUUGAAAUCGAGUCUCGUUACUCUUCAAAUCGACGGCAAUUUGCUGCUGGCGGCGCGCGGCUAAGUAUAAACCCUCCCAGAGUCAGGGCGCGAGCGCUGGAAUCUUGCGCUCCUCAUUCGGGGAUGUGCAUCAUCACGCGCUGCCGCGAUCUCUUGUCUCCGAUCGAAGACCUAAUCACGCCGUUCCUGGCUGUUUAUCUUGGACGGGAUGGCUGGGGCUAAGUGCUUUCUCAAAACGCCAAGCAAUUUCCAGCCCUCAGCGAUGUUUGAGAUCUCAGACUCUACCGACACAGAGGAGGUCAGUACUGACACCACCCUGGGGACCUCCAUCACUGCCUGUAAGAAGGUGCUGUGCAGCAGCAGUUUACUGGACUCCACUGAGUUUUGGCUACAAAACGACAAGACCCUCUGCAAAAUUGCCUUUCUGGAGGACAAGAGUGAGGGAAGCUGCACGACGGUCUGCUUUGUGAACCUGGACUGGCAGAGCGUGGAUCGUCCUGACGACAGUUGCAUGAAGAAAAUGGCCACAAUUUCUCCUGACCUGCCCAAACUAAUCACCUCCUUGAAUGUGCGGCAGCCAAAAGAGAAUGAGAUCUUGCUUCUGAGUGGCCUUGAGCCCCCUGACACCUUUCCCCAAGAUUCAGCCCCCCACCACGGUCAGUGUGCAGCGGACGUCUGCUUGGUACAGUGUGUGGGCGGUCAGCGGCUCACCCAGCCCAGCAGCAUCAUCUUCCUGAUCAACAAGUUCCUGAUCGGUCUGGAGUCGGGCCAGCAGCAGCAGCUCCGCGGCCGCUCGGCGGGCCAGCGAGGUGAGGAUGACACUAACCGCUCCGUCUCCUCCAUCGAGGAGGACUUCCUUACCGCUUCCGAGUACCUGGGAGACGACAGUGAGGAGGACCCUUUCCGAAAUGAUGUGGACAGCGGUGACAUCAUAGAGCCCCUUGGGGAGGGGGCACGCAGCAAGAGGCUCCAGGGUCAGAGGGCACAUCUGAGUAAAAAGGAUGAGAGCGAGGACUCAGAUGUAACCAUGUGUGCCACAUCCCAAACACUCACCAGACCCUGUACUUGUGGGGCCGUCCCACAGAGAGCGAGCCGUAGCGGUCAGCCCAGUCCGCUCGGCACGCAGGAGGCUGAGUCUGCUGGUCACUACGCCACCAACCUGGCAGAGUCUGUCUUGCAGGAUGCCUUCAUCCGCCUGUCUCAGGACACGCCCUCCUUCGCUACCGAGGCAGCCGUCAGCGUAUCCGCGGGAACCCGGACAGAGGACCCCGUGCGCCCACGCACCCACUCCUUUGAGCUCCCCAAAAUCGUCAUUGUCCAGAGUCCUGAUAACUGCGAGGGGGUGGCGGAGUGGCCUGGGGGUACGUCCGCAAAUGCCAUCGCUGAGCAGGAUGCCAGUCACCAGCCCCCCGGGUUAGAGCCCUGCCCCCUCCUUCCACCCGGACACUCCCCCAAAGCUGUGGAGGUGGCCUUAGCAUGUGCAGCUAACGUGAUCGGCACUAUCUCCAGCCCACAGGUCACAGAGCAGCUAACACUGGAGGCGGAACCAACAGAGGGAGAAGAGGAGGCUGAGGGUGGGGAGAAGGAUUUGGUGGAUGCAGACUACUCUGUCUCCUCUGCUAUGUGUGGUAUGGCACAAGUGGCAGGUGCAGUUGCUGUGGUGGACUUGGCUGUGGGGGCAGGUGAGCCUGGUGAGACAGACAUACCAGGUGAGACCUACACCCCAUCUGUUGGACUAAUGUCGGCAGCACAGGCCUCUACUGCUGUCACCCUCCACUGUAGUGUUGCUGAGGGAACCAGCAUUGAGCCAUUCCGCACUAAUAUCGCGGAGGUGCUCCUCAGUGAGGCUUCAGAGGUCCUCACUCAGCGAGGGGAGCACAAGAGCAUUGCAGACUUCUUGGAAUCUACCCACUACAGAAUUGUGGAGGUCAUAACCGGUCAUAAAAAGACAGGUCUGGACGAAAUGGAGGUUGACGAUUUUGUCCACGGGGUCGCAGACAACAUUUUCAAGCACGCACUAGGGAAAGCCAUGAAGAGAAAGGAGCUGGAGGCCCCAGGCAAAGAUGUGCCUGACAUACAGGGCUUUCUCCAAGAGAGUGUCAACACCCUGCUGUUCGAUGUUCUUUGUAUCACAUCAAAGAAAAUCAGUGACAUUUCAAAAUGUAAUAAACGGUCAUUUGUUCCUCAAGAAAGUGAAGUCAACUCCAGAGACUAUGAAACUGCCAUAAAACCGAGCAGGGAGCCAUUAAACCAAUUACAGCUCCUCUCUGAAUCCAGCCAGGCUGAGAACAGUGAGCAUCAGAGCAGUCUGCCUCACUGCACAGAUAAGCUGUCAGCCUUCACAGGAAAGAAGGAAGACGGAAGAGUGCAGGAGGAAGAACUACACACAAUGGGCUCAUGGUGUCUGCAGAAAGACAAAGAUCAGCAGAGAGCUCCUCAGUUGAAAGGUGCUUCCUCCCUCACCAGAGACUGCAUUGACCUCCAGGUCCAGCCCUGUAAGAGCAACAAAUCCACAAACUCAGACACACAGCAGCCUGCCCCAGAGGUCUCAGGUCAAAUAGACACAUCAGCCACUCUUGAGAAGAACAAGGGCAGAGCAGUAAGAGAAAGUGAACAUAAAUCAUCUCCACUGACACUUCAACAGUCACUGUCCUCUACAGGGCCUACACUCAUGAUGAAGAUGGAAGAGGAGUACCGAUCCCCCGUGUCGUGCUUCGCAGACGACCUUGCAAGCACUGUAGUUUCCAUGGCCACAGAGCUUGCUGCGAUCUGUCUGGAUAACUCAAGUGGGAAACAACCCUGGUUCUGUGCCCUGAAAGGUGGGACAGGGGCUGGACCGGAAGGCUAUCUGCUGACCUGCCGCACACCGAUGAGGAGGAAGGAGGUUCCGAGCGGCACCACAGUCAUCAAGAAACACCGUCCUCCACGUCUCAGUGAGAUCAAGCGAAAGACGGAGGAGCAGCCGGAGCUGAUGGAGCGGCUGGUGAACCGGGUGAUGGAUGAGUCGGCCAUACCAGACGAGCCUGUUGACCCCUUUGCUGCCUUUGCCUCAGAGGUCACUGCAAAGAUCAUGAACUGCCCAGAGCUCAGUGUGGUGGACACCUCUAAACCAGGCCAGCCCCGGAACAGGCUGCAGUGUGAGCGCUGGAGCAGGGGGAAAGCGGCCAGCUAUGAGAGUAUUCCAGAAGAAGACCCGGAUGCUUCCAACUUGGCUAACACCCUGGGCCCGGGAAUCCGGCUAGGUCAGAAUCUGAGUCGCGGCAGCUCCAUAUCCAAGCAGUCAAGCUGUGAGAGCAUCACGGACGAGUUUUCCAGGUUCAUGGUCAACCAGAUGGAGAGCGAGGGCCGGGGCUUUGACCUGCUGCUGGACUACUAUGCAGGGAAGAAUGCCAGCAGCAUCCUGAAUUCAGCUAUGCAGCAGGUGGUGAGCAGAAAGAAUGGGCACUUGAAUGUAAGGUCCACUUGUGUGUCUAAGCAGUCCAGUACAGAAAGCAUCACAGAGGAGUUCUACAGGUUCAUGCUCAAAGACCUGGACAAGGAGAACAGAGAUUACAGUGUAUCCAAAACUAAAGAGUGGAGCAACAGCCUGCUGCCUCCAUCUCCCAGGUCCCCCUUCUGCAUCCGCCAGUCCUCCAUGCCAGACCGUAGGUCGUCUGACUCCAGGUUGACAGUAAACUCCCCUAUCAAGGCCAACUCUUUUGACGGCUUUGCCCGCAAUGUGCAUGGGGACACCCUCAACAUCUAUCCUGCCAACUCAGUGUCAGCGACGGGCCUGUGCAAGUCAGACUCCUGCCUUUACCAGAGGGGCCAAACAGACCAGAUCACAGACAUGUUGAUUCACGAGACCUGGUCAAGCUCCAUUGAGUCACUGAUGCGCAAGAACAAGAUCAUAGUGGACCCCGAUGACAGCGAGGACCUGGAAGGGCCAGGUGACUCACAACCACACGUUGAGCUUUUUGCCAACCGUCUGGCAGCAGACAUUGUGGAGAGUGGUAAGUCGGUACUUGGGAGCCAGCAGGAGGGUGCAGUUAGCCGGCAGCCCCUCCCUGUGGGCGAGAGAAGGAGGGGUUUCAAACAGUCAAGGCCCGGCUCGAAUAGAAGCAGGUCUAGCCAGGACCAACCAGCCAGUGCCAAGGGGAGCGAAUCUAUCUGUGCAGCAACGUCGAGAGCCCACAGGGACGUCCCUCUGAUCCACAUUGAAGGAGAUCAAAAGGAUGAGCUCACGGAGAACACUGAGAAGACCCAGCAUCACCUCGGGGAGAUGCCCUCAGUAAUCCCCCCUCAGAAGAACACAGAGAAAGCCCCUUUACGCCACAGCAGCAGUGAGAGUGAGGGGGCAGCAGUGUGCGCAGUGGGGGGGCAGGAGGAGCUCUCUCUUAGUGCUGGCAGUGAGGAGAGCACAGGAAGUUGGUCACAGAUCGCCCCUGACGACGACCCCCACGAAGAGACCAGUAGCUUUAUCCAGCUGAGUGAGGGAAAUGGAAACAGCAGCGCAUCAAGUCUGGGUUUAGCAGACCUGGAAGUCUUUCCUGAAACCGCUCCAGGUAGACUAAUCAGUGAAGUGGCUGAGAAGACGAGUUCUCUGAAGGGAAGCCAGGAGAAUGUGGAAGAGGGUACCUCAGGACUGUCAGUAGGAGGCAGCAGCAGUCAGAAGGAAUUGCUGGUGGUGAACCUUGACAUGGACCCUGAGGGUGUUGACCCCGAGUUGCAAAUGACCUUGCAGUGGAUUGCUGCAUCCCAGCUGGGAGUGCCCAUCAUAUACUUCAGGAAGUCCCAGGAGAAGCAGAUGGAAAAGUUCCUGGCGGUGGUGCGGCUGGUGAAUCAGAAGUCAUGGAGGGUGGGAAAGCUCUUUGGUGCUGUGAUGCAGUAUUGUAAACUUCAGGAGGAGGGUGGGGGCAACUCUGUGUCCAGUCUGUUUGACUGGCUGAUGGAGACCCACUAGUCCCGCCCCCCUCCACCCCGCCCUCACAGUGUAUCCCGUGCCGAAUGUCACCGUUCCCCAGCUGUGUUCGCUGUAGAGUGAGUCCUCGUGACACUGUGACCUCACCUGUAAACCUGUACUACAGAGCACCUACCUUCCCCUGCCCCUGCAUCCCUAGAUAACCCAGCAUCUCACCGGAAGACUGAUUUUGAAAAUGAGGAAAAAUGUCUAUCAGCUGCAGAAGCCCUGUCUCCCUUUAAGAUCAGCAUGUUUCUCAUUUUCAGAUGCACGGGAACAGAUCUAAACCUUUAAAAAGCUACACAGUAUUAGGUGUAGCACACAUGUAGUUCUCAUGAAGAAUUUCUUGUCUGCAGAUUUUUAUGGGUGAACUUAUGAACAAAAUAUGAUAUUUCUUUAUUGCUUCAAAAGUUUUGCCGACUGCAUCAAACCAGGGCUCUGUUAGUGUUGGUUUAAAAAAGGAGAAUCUGGCAGUUUACACUCAAUAUCAUGUCUUCUGAUUUUAUUCUAAUUUUGAAAUUAUCUGUGAUUCUUGUUAUUUAAAAUUAUUUUCGAUAGUUGUAUAUAUUGUAUAUUCUGAACUGCUGCACCUUGAAGUAGAGGACUAUGGAUUGGUUUAGUUUUUCAUACUGCUGAGUGAUGGAGAGGUAGAACAAUUUGUAAUGUGAAACAAAUUUGUUUGUGAAUCUAGUCUGUCUGGUUUUAUCUGUGUAAUAGUAAAGUAGCGUUUUAUCAGCAUUCAAAGCACACAACUGA